AUGGCGGUCAAAACCGAUAUGAGCAAAACUUACGACAGACUUGAGUGGUCUUUCAUCAGGGCAGUUCUGGGCAGAUUUGGAUUUGCAACUCAUUGGACGGAUCUCAUCAUGGCAUGCAUCUCAUCUGUGUCGUACUCCUUCCUUAUCAAUGAUGCAGUUUGUGGCAAUGUUGUUCCCAUGCGAGGGAUCCGGCAAGGCGGCCCGCUUUCCCCGUACAUAUUUAUUUUUUGCGGGAAAGUUCUAUCGGGUCUUUGUAAGAGAGCACAGGCUAGAAGCAAUCUCACGGGACUGAGAGCGGGAAGAUUGGGGCCUCGUAUCAUCCAUUUGCUCUUCGCGGACGAUACUAUGUUCUUCUUAAAAACUGAUCAGGCCAGCAUUGCUUCUUUAUCCGAUAUCAUUCGACAGUAUGAGGCCUCUUCGGGACAAAUGAUUAGUGCCAGCAAAUCCUCCAUCUCUUUCUCGGCGAAAACACCGCAGGAGACACGAUCGCAUGUUCUCAACUAUCUCGGUAUCUCUAGAGAAGGAGGGGUGGGAAAAUAUCUCGGACUACCCGAACACUUUGGUCGAAGAAAGAAAGACCUGUUCACUAGUAUAGUUGAUCAGAUUAGGCAAAAAGCGAGGAGUUGGCCUUCUAGACGCCUAUCUAGCACAUGCAAGCUAACAAUGCUGAAAUCAGUCUUAUCGGCUAUCCCAUCAUACGCAAUGACCUGCUUUCUGCUGCCUAUGAGCCUAUGCAAGCGAAAUCAAUCAGCACUCACUCGGUUCUGGUGGGACGCGGUUGAGAACACCAAGAAGAUGUGUUGGGUGAUUGGUAACGGCGAGGAGACUAGGGUCUGGCGAGAUGCUUGGAUAAGUACAACCUCACCUAUUACUCCAUAUGGUCCGGUCAAUGAAUGUGCUCAUAAUCUGAUGGUGGCGGACUUAUUAUGUAGAGAGUCAAAGGAAUGGAAUAUAUGGAAGAUUGAGAGCGUUCUACCUCAUCUCCUUCCUGAUAUUCUUCUUCUCAAACCAAGUAUCACGGGUGGACGAGACUCCUAUGCCUGGUUGGCUUCAAAGUCUGUUGACUAUAGUACUAAAUCAGGAUACUUCGUGGCUACCUCUCUUCUUAACUCUCCCGUGGGGAUCGACUCCCAGCUAUCCUUGGCCUCCUUGGGUUCGACUACGUUGGAUUGGCAAAAGCAUGUGUGGUCUGGAGCUUUUGCACCAAAAUUGAAGGUGUUUAUGUGGAAAAUCCUACAAGGGGCCCUCCCAAUAGGCAAGAAUCUCAGGAAGCGUGGCAUGUUACUCAAUACUAUGUGUGGUAGAUGUGGAGAACUUGAAACUGUGGAUCAUCUCUUCUUACACUGCCCUUUUGCGAAGGAUGUAUGGGCCUUUUCUCUGCUAAAACAGAGUGUCAUUGUCCAUGAGUUCCUUUCUUUCAAAGAGGCGCUGAUCUCCCUUCAUGGAGCUAUCUUCCUCCCUCCACUAGGAGUCUCCAUUGAUCUCUUUCCUUGGAUUUGUUGGGGAAUUUGGCUAGCUAGGAAUAAACUUGUGUUUGAAAACAGAGUAUCAUCCCCCUCCGAUGUGUUUAACCAAUCCAUCAGUUACGCUAGGGAAUGGCAACAUGCUCAACCAAGCCAAGGCCACCACCACACGUCUAUCAAUCGCCAGGAGCAACAGAGGACGAGUCACGAUACUAUUUUCGUUUUCUCUGACGCAGCUUAG